AUGGAGGUCCGAGUUGGUGGAAAAUAUAGACUUGGUAGAAAAAUAGGAAGUGGGUCAUUUGGUGAUAUAUAUCUAGGUACAAAUAUUACAAAUGGGGAGGAAGUUGCAAUAAAAUUAGAAAGUGUAAAAUCACGACAUCCACAACUAUUAUAUGAAUCAAAAUUAUACAAAAUAUUGGCUGGUGGAAUAGGUGUACCAACAGUUCAUUGGUAUGGUAUUGAGGGUGAUUAUAAUGUGAUGAUAUUAGACUUACUUGGACCAUCUUUGGAAGAUUUAUUCACUAUUUGUAAUCGUAAGUUUUCAUUAAAGACAGUAUUAAUGCUAGCUGAUCAGAUGUUAAACAGGGUUGAAUUUGUACAUUCUAAGAAUUUUAUUCAUCGAGAUAUUAAACCUGAUAACUUUCUUAUUGGGAGAGGUAAGAAGUUAAAUGUGGUGUAUAUAAUUGAUUUUGGCUUAGCUAAAAAAUAUCGUGACCCAAGAACUCAAGCACAUAUACCAUACAGAGAAGGGAAGAACCUAACUGGUACAGCCCGUUAUGCAUCUAUCAAUACUCAUUUGGGAAUAGAACAAAGUAGGAGGGAUGACUUAGAGGCUCUUGGAUAUGUACUGAUGUAUUUUAAUCGUGGUACAUUACCAUGGCAAGGUUUAAAGGCUACAUCUAAAAAAGAUAAAUAUGAUAAGAUCAUGGAGCGUAAAAUUGCAACACCUAUUGAGACACUAUGUAAACAUCAUCCAUUUGAAUUUAUUACUUUCCUAAAUUAUUGUAGAGCACUCAGAUUUGAAGAUCGUCCAGAUUAUGCUUAUUUAAGACGUUUAUUUAAGGACUUGUUUUUUCGUGAAGGUUAUCAAUAUGACUUUAUUUUUGACUGGAGUUUUUUACAGCCAGAAAAAGAUAGAAGAAGACAACAACUUACUAAUCCAACUGUAAAUAAUAAUGUAGUAAGUGGUAAUUGUGUACAAGGCCAACAAGGUGAUUCUGGUGGCUCUCCUUCUGCUCAGUUAGGUGCUAAUGCAAAUAUACCUGUUAAUCAUCCAAAUUGCAUAAAUAGCAACGAAGAAGCAAAUCAAAGGAAAUCCGUAGAGCAAGAUGAACAAUGGGGAGUGGUUAAGUGA